ACGACCCCCUCCCCCCCGUCACCGCCACCCAUUUCCGGCUGGAAAUUCGGCAAAACUUGGGGAUUCUCCCUAUUUUCUUGUUCUAGAACACCUAUUAAACCCAGAAAAUCCCAGAACUGUUCUGCGUCUCCCUCCCUCUGCUGUCCGUCGGCUUCAGCAUGUGGGUUUGAAUUUCUGGGCCUUUUUCGGUAAGCCACAGCCAUAAACUUCACCUUUUCAACUUUAAUUUGGCUUGGGUUUACCUUGAAUUGUGUUUUGGUUUUUGGAUUGGGUAGCCGCGAGUUCCCCUGCAGAAUUUCUUCUUCUCUGCCGCCGGCUUCUUCUUCCCCUGUUAGCUCCGGUUCUUGCCGGAAAAUUCUGAUUAGCUAUGGUUUUGCUAAUUUUUGGAAGUGGCAGUACUGUUCACGGCGUGAGCACUGUUCACGGGGUACUGUUCACGUGCACUGUUCACACACCGAGGGUUAACGAUUAGCGGAGAUUUAAAUGUUUAGUUUGUGAUAUAAGAACGAAUUUGGAGAUAUUUGAUCAUGUGGAGAUUGAUAGGAAUAGCAUCGGGAUUGGGAGUGAUUUUAAUGAUGAUUUCAGUUUGAAUUUGUGAUAGUCCGGUAUUAAUUCUGAGGUGUUUUGAUUAGGUUCCCGAUCGUUCUGUCAGUUAGCACUGAGAUUGAGUGCUCGGUUUUAUGCGAAUGAGGAAACGAAACCGAAGACGGGGAAACCAAGGGAGUGACGAGUUAGAAGGCUAGCCAUCGUGUAAAUUGAAUAUGGAUUUUAGAUAUAGAUCAUGAUCUUGUAAACAAAAGUUUAAUUGGAGAUUUUAUAAAUUCAGUUAAUGGAUUGUUAGUUACAAGAGAUUUGACCUGGAGAUUUUGAAGUUAAGUCAUGUGGACAUAGAAAAGAAAUUUUGAAAUAUCCGAUCUGAGUUACGGGAUUGUCAGAUGUGAAUUGGAUAAAUUCUGAGCCUUGUG